UCGUCAUCUUAGCAAGGGGCUGGAAAGCCUUCUCACUUCCUGUCUGCGAGUAUAAAGGCGCGCCGGUCGGCACAAGCCGGCAGAACAGCAGCACAGCUCACAGCAAGCAAACAGCAGCACAGCCUCUGCAGGACCCGACAGGUUUAUUUACUCCAUGGAAUCUAAGAUGACGUGCAGCAAGAGCGACAUGUACCGCAUGAAGAUGUCCCACGGACUGCAUUUGGAGAUUUCCCAUCAUCCUCUCACCAUGAGGAGCGUGGUCAACCUCAUCAUCGCCAUCGACCGGCUGAAGGCCGGCAGGAUGGAGGAGGUGAUCGGCACCGACUUCAGGGACGAGAACCUUCUCAACGUCAUGCUGGAGAGCAUCUUGGAAGAGCGACACGUUGCUGAAAGAUCCUCCGCUCCGAGCCAGUUCAGCAGAACCGGCGAGUACCAGUGCAGUGUGACGGACAGGCAGAAGAGGAGCCUGGUUCUGGUCAAGAACAGCAUGAAGCUGCUGGCCGUGAUGCUGCAGGGAGGCAGCGACAGCCGCAAAGUUCAGCUGAACAUGUCCACUUACCUCCACCGCGACCGCACUCCUGAGGCCAGACCGGUGGCUCUGGGCAUCAAGGACACCAAACUCUACCUGUCCUGCCACCAGGAUGGAGACAAGCCCACCCUGUUCCUGGAGGAGGUGGAGGACAACAGCAGCCUGUCCACCAUCGGUCAGGAGAGCGAGAACGUGCGCUUCCUCUUCUACAAGCAGGACACCGGGGGAAACCUCAGCACCCUCACGUCCGCCCGCUACCCCGGCUGGUACAUCAGCACGGCGACGGUGGACAGCGAGCCCGUGGAGAUGUGCCAAGAGAGCGACAGUCGCUUCAGGAACUUCCACAUCCGUCAGAGCUAGAGCGCAGGCGGGAACGCCUUUCUGAGGCCGACAUUCGGCCAGUUUUACUCCAGAACAAGCACCGCCACGGUCUGUUAGAAAGACACGUGAGAUGUUUCCUGUAUGUACCAAGUACAGAGGGGGGAAGGGUCGCUGUUUCACCACAAGGUGGUGCCAAUGUACUGUCUGUCACUGACAUGUUUCUGCUAUUAACUAUUUAUUUAUGUAUUUAUGAGGAGUUCUGCACUUUGUGUUUGACAGUCUCACCUUUGAUCUAAUUUAAAUAAAGUUUAAAUAUUAAACCCA